AUGUCGACCUGGCUGCAGGAUGGCAAGUCUGCCAUUCAGGAGGCUUUGGUUGACGCGUUUAACAAAAUCGAGGAGGGCGCAAAAGCCGAGCUACAAGAGCGUGAUCGCAGACAUGAAGAGCUGUUGGGGGAGCUGCGACGGCUUCAAGACCACGCCGCCAACGCCACUCAGCUACAACGAGACAACGAAUCUCUGAGAAAACAAUUACAAGAGCUCCUCGAGUCCCACCAAGCCCCAGAAACAACACCCCCCAAGAAGCGACUACCACUGGGCGAAUUAUCCCCGAACAAACUUGCCGCCUCUCGAACUGCAACCCCCGGAUCCCGACUUGGUGCCGAAGCAGUAGAUUACGAGAAGGAAUACAACAAACUUCAUGCAAAGUACAACAUCCUUGAGAAAUCCCGGGACAAGUACAAGUCAGUGCUACGGCAAAGGAUCGAGCAGAUCGACAAGUGGGCAGAGGCUUCGGACAAGCAGAAAGCAAUCAUCGAAAGACUGCGGAAGAGACUUGCCCAGUGCCAGUCCAAAAACUUCUCGGAGGUACACGCAGAUACGGCUGGUAUUGGACCACUGACUGAUGACGAACGUCUGGAUGUCAGCGUGGACGAGCCGAGGAGGCCAAGUCCAGACUCGAGCUUCGAGAGUUCGACCAAUGCGGCACGAGAUCCAUCGACAUGUCUCACUAUUUCGAGAUAUGCAAACACGGGAGCACAGACUGGCACCGAAGACCCAGGAAAUCUGACAGAGGACGUAUAUGAGGCCAUCACUCCCGAGAACGGCCCUGGGAACAUACGAAAUUCGGACCGCGCCCCAGCGUCCCACGAGGCUGUGGCUCGUACUUCAGCAUCGGGAAACCCUAAUGAACAACAGCCACAUAGCCGUACGGUAUUCCACCUCGGCCUGGGGAUUAGAGAUCUCGCAGAGGACGGAGAUGCCGACAUGACUACUGUUCAGCGUCGAGUGGCUAAAGGCCGCCUGGACGCUUUGCUCAACUCGCCGUCCGUCAGGACUCCAAAACCCAAGAUCCAACCCGCUUCUCACAGAGUGCAGGGCCUCCAGCCUGCCCCAGAAGAUGAUCUCGACGAUGCUCUCCGGGUCCCUGCCCGGCGCGAGCUUCCUCACGGCAAGAAACUGUCACCUAAAGAAAUAUUGGCCACACCGGUGCAGCAGAAGGCCGCAAGCGCAACGCCGAACAAAACAAAUUCGGCCCGAGGACGUGCCCCAAAGAGGCCCUCGAUUAUACGUGAUGACAUGCCCCGAGGGCGACUGACAGACAGAGAGAAGGUGCCUCUGCGCCAAAGACAGAUGGACACGCUGAGACCCGAGGACUUCAAGCCUAAUCCGAGUCAUAAUGAUGGACUCACUUAUGUCUAUGACGAAGUCGUCCGGGGUAGAGAAGCACGCUCAGCUCUGUCCGGCUGCACCGACCUCAACUGCUGCGGCAAGACAUUUCGGUCCUUUGCCAAGGCCGAACGCUCAACUAUCGGCCCCUCGGUCACCACCCGUGCGGAAGACAUCAAACUGCUCGAGAACUACCUCGGGGACGAUGCGUACAAAUUGGGCAGCAUGACGCGCGACGAAAAGGAGGAAACGUGGCUUCUGGCCAAGACGUGGGAGCUGUCGAGCAAGUUCGGGCGGCAUCGGCAGAGAUAUUCCAGGAUGCCGAGCCCGCCGGGUUUCUGGACGGUGGAGUUCCCCAGCACGCAAGAAAGGGCGGAGGAGAGGAGACAAGGGGAAGAGAUCCAGAAGGCGUUGGUGAAUGAGAGGUACCGGGAGGCGAUGAGGCCCGGCGGGAGGUGGCUGUUCCGGGACGAGGAUGGUCGUUGA